UUACGAAAAGCAGAGAACAGGCUUGUGUUUUUUAAAAUAUUUACAAGCGCUGGCAUUAUCUUCUCAAGGCUGUUACACUUACAACCAGGAACGGAGAAGCCUACAAGGAGGACGGGUUUAAAAAUUCAUUCAGAUGGGGAAGGGACCACGAGAGUGCCUGAGUUUCGUUUUCGUCAAAUUGCUUGGGUUGCUUUCUACAGAAAGUGCAAUGUCGUCAUUCAAUUUGACCUGUCUGUGUCCCAUGGAGACCUCCCAGCUCUUCAUGCCCCGGAAUUUCAGCUGCAUCGCCGCUUUGUCCGGCAGUUCGGCCGAGGAGUGUGCACUGGCCGCGAUGGGGGACAGCGAGAACUGCAAGCGCCAAGGCCAGGCGGACAAGCAACGCAGCCGGGACGGGACCCCCAGCAGCAGCAGCAGCAACAAGAGCUCGAGCCCCGGGCAGAGGAGGAGAGCCAAGUCGCUGCCGGCCCCCGGGGGCCGAGCGGUCACCGUCCUGACCCGGGCCAGCAGCAAGAAGGUUCGCUUCGCCGACUCGCUGGGACUGGAGCUGACCACCAUCCGACACUUCUGCGACGCCGAGGUGCCCCACGUCCCUCAGAGGGUGAUGGCCAGGCUGAGGGAGCAGACCCCCGAGCGCCUGCUCAGCAACAACAUGAUGGCCAUGCUCCUGGACAGUCCCACUCGCCUCCUUGAGCCCCUCUUCAGCGACCCGGGCAGCUCGCCCGACUUCGAGGGCAGGGUCCGGCGGGACCGCGUUUGCCUGGAGAGCAUCUCCACCGACCAGUUCAGCGUGCUGGGGCUGGUCAGGGUGCUCAACAUCGCCUACGAGAAGCAGGUGACGGUCAGGUACACCCUCAACCACUGGCAGUCCUACAUGGACGUCGCGGCCACUUACAGCGGCCACUCUGCGGACGGCAGCACGGACACUUUCUCCUUCAAACUGGUGGCCCCCGUCUUCCUGGACACCGGAGGCACUCUCCUGUUUGCCAUCCGCUACUUGGUGGCGGGCCGGGAGUACUGGGACAACAACAAGGGCUCCGACUACCUGGUAAGGAGCCACAAGUUCAAAAUCUCCCCGCCCAAGGACUGGGAAAACGGCUGGAUCCACUUCAUUUGA